AUUAUUUUGUUUACAGUACAUGCAUCCCAGUUUAGCGACCCUCAUUGUGAUUCGGGUAGGAGUGCCAUCACUCAUCUUUUUGAAUGGAAAUGGUCUGAUGUUGCAAAAGAAUGUGAACGGUUUCUGGGGCCUUAUGGAUACUGUGGAGUUCAG